CGUUUGGUUUGGUUUGGUUCGUUUCGUUUUCAUUGUGUUUUCAAUUCCAAUCGGAAGCCGUGGCACGUGACUGGCUCCACUGGGGUCAAGGGGCCGAGAAACCACCUGUGGCUGCUCAUAUAAAACCACAGAGUGCCGUUGACCAGCAGUCCACGUUUGAAAUCGAGAUGAGGCUGACCACAUUGCUACCAUUGAUUUGCAUCGCCAUUGGCUAUGUUCGGUCCCAACCGGCGGGCUAUCCGAGUGCCCGUCCUCCUCCAAACACUUAUCUGCCAGCCAAGCCACCAGCUCCACCGCCUCGUCCUCCUCCGGCGCCGGCCAACAGCUACGGUCCGCCGAAGAAAGGAAAUGGAAAGCCACCAGCUGCUCCACCCAAACCCAGCUAUGGGCCACCACCCAAAAAUGGCAAUGGCAAACCACCGCCCAACAAUGCAUACUUGCCACCAGACAAUGGCAAUGGAGGAGCAGGAGCAGGCGGUGGUGGAGGUGGUGGUGGUGAGGAUAUACCCAUCAUCAAGCUGGAGUCCAAGGUCAACACUGAUGGUUCUUAUAAGUACGAGUACGAGACUGGAAACGGAAUAAAGGCCGAAGAGAUGGGCUACCUGAAGAACGCCGGAGUGGAAGGAGCGGAGGCACAGACGGCGGAGGGUUCCUUUUCGUACACCAGUCCCGAGGGACAGGAAAUUUCACUGACCUACAUUGCGGACGAAAACGGAUUCCAGCCGCAGGGCGAUCACCUGCCCACACCGCCACCCAUUCCCAUCGAGAUUCAGGAAGCCUUGGACAAGCUGGCCGCCGGAGGUGGAUGCCAUGGAUGCGAUGACAAUGAGACGGGAGGCAAUGAUGAUGGCGGCGGAGGUGGUUAUGUCUACCGACGAAAGUGAAAUAUUUUUAAUUGUUAAUAUUUCUGAAGCACUUGAUCUCAAAAUAUGAAAUAUUGUGAAAUAUUUUUCAUUUAUAAUAUUUCCAAAGCACUUGAUCUCAAAAAAAGAAUAAUUUUUGUAUUU